CCAUUCAAUUGUUUAGGCCGGAUAUACCAUUCCUUCACGUCGUCGUCGAGCAGUGGGUGAAGUGUGUGAAACACCGGAGCCUGGUUCGGCGUAUUUCAGCAAUACCUCGACAAGCGGGAGAAUAAGUGGCCUUCAAAUGUUUACAAGUUAUACGAUCGUUCUCAGGUCAUACAACACGGCUGGCGAUAGUGAUCCCAGUCAGGCAAUUACUGUCAGGACUGCUGAAGGAGGUAGGACGUAAUUUGUUGUUGUCCGCAUUAUUAUUCAGUCACGUGUGAGAAGAGUGCUUCCAGUUUGAUUCAAACAGUGGUGUUUGAAUCAAACUGGAAGCACUCUUCUCACACGUCAGCUGUGGAGCUUUUCUCCGGGUAUUCCUGUAGUAAGACUGGAUCAAGAAGAGAUGUCUCUUACUGGACCUCUAGGGAGACCAGUUUAGAACUGAUAGAGCUAUCCAGUAUAAAUAGAGUUAGUUCAGUUUAGGUUUCUUCCUGUAAUAACCUAGCUUGGAUCAAUAAGAGAUGAUCCUUACUGGACCUCUAGAGAGAACAGUUUAGAACUGAUAGAGCUAUCCAGUAUAAAUAAAGUUAGUUUAGUUUAGGUUUCCUGCUGUAGUAACACUGGAUCAAUAAGAGAUGAUCCUUACUGGACCUCUAGAGAGAACAGUUUAGAACUGAUAGAGCUAUCCAGUAUAAAUGAAGUUAGUUUAGUUUAGGUUUCCUGCUGUAGUAACACUGGAUCAAUAAGAGAUGAUCCUUACUGGACCUCUAGAGAGAACAGUUUAGAACUGAUAGAGCUAUCCAGUGUAAAUAAAGUUAGUUUAUUUUAAAAUAAAGUUAGUUCGGUCUAGGUUUCCUCCUGUAGUGACAUUUGGUGGAUAGGGGGUAAAACUGUUACAAAACCUUUAGAGAAAACAUUUAGAACUGAUGGAGUUACCGAGUAUGAACAAAGUUAGUUUAGAAUAGUUCACUUAUUUGGACCAAUAUUGGUGGAGCUCGUACUUAUAGACCGAUCUAUACCACCCAACUUUUGUCUAUCAAGCACGCAACUCUCCUACGUUGUCGUAAGUUGUGUGUUUGAUUUACACAGUACAACUCAAGUUGUAAGCAGGUUGCAUGCGACAGUUCUAAGCAAAAGUUGUGUAGUGUAAAUUGGCUUAUUGAGGUCGCGGAAUAUUCAAUGGCAAUUCAAAUAACUUUGUGAUAUUUAUCUAGUGCCCGGACCCCCAGCUGUGUUUGCUUUUGAUGGCGUGUACGACAUAGAGGUCCAUGUGUACUGGGAAGCGCCGUGUCAGCCGAAUGGCGUGAUUAACAAGUACAUCUUGACAGUGAGCACUGGCAGCCGACAAGUGCAGAGGAAAGAACUAGACGACAAUACUCGAGAGCAUAAAGUCGUGGGACUCGCGCGAAUUACGACUUACAAGUUUAAACUUGUAGCAAGAACAUCUCGCGGAGAAGGCAUUUCUAAAGUACUGGAAACUAGAACUGCGCCUCCUGCAGGUAAAUAGUGUAAAAUAUUGCGCUUGCCAACGCCAGCCAAGUAUUAGUCAUACUCAUCCUCAAUACGUCAUGUUAUUUUAGUGAAGCCUCGCGCACCCAAGAUAAUGCGUGUGACGUCAGAGAAAAAUGCAGUGACACUCACGUGGAAAGAUCAAUUCCAUGGCAACACUCCUAUCACGAAAUAUGUGAUAGAGUAUCGAACUUCAACAGGUGAGAGUUUUCUGAAUUGUAUAGCCUGUAUAGCUGGAUUCAAUAAAACUUCUUACAUUUAUCGCAAUAGUCCCGCCAGAGUGCCUAUUGUUAUAUAAAUACUAUAAACUAUAUUACAAUUAUGUGUUUGUGCUUAAAAAACGCAUGUCUGAUAUUGUCUUUGUAGAGAAAAAUCCGUGGGUUUUAGGCUGGAAUUUGAAUCCUGGGGACACAACGAAGAACAGAACGGACAAUACUGUGUGGGUUGUUUUAAGGGAUCUGAAUGAGAAUACGGUGUACUGGUUCCGAAUGAAAGUUCAGAAUAAUGUUGGUUAUUCUGUCCCCAGCGAUAGUUCUCCGUCUGUCACCACUGGUACGUUUCAAUUACGAUAAUUUAUUGAAAAUGCUGACGUAAGGCUACAGGGCGACAGUAAAUCUAGGAGGUAUUGUUCAUAAACCAAAGCAUAUUGCAUUACAACUUACAUAACAUUGUGUUCAUCUUCUAUCAGGUACGGCUCUCCCUUCUGCUCGGUCGACUCCGAUAUAUGAAAAGAUAUGGUUCAUUUCAGUCAUGGCAGUCAUUGGAUUUCUUAUUCUAUUCUUGUGUGUCUGUAUAUGUUUGUUCUGUUGCAGGAGGAGAAGACGAAGUGAGUGUUAAAUUUCUGUCCAAAUUUGAGUCCAUGCCAAUAAUUGUUUCAUUUUGACCAAAACACCACGUUGAUUUAUUUAGCAAAAUUUUCAAUUGGAAGAAUUCUCACGUCCUUUUUCUGGCUAUCGAUGUUGUGUAUACGCAGAAUUCAACCUUUCUAAGACGUUGUUCUUCAUUCACUGUUUUGUAAUAUUCCUCUAAUAAUGUUUUCAUCCACUGUGCGUAAUUGUGUACGAGUUCUAUUUAUUGCCAUGCAAACCUACAAUGAACGUAUUAGUACAAACAGUUUCUAGAUUUUUAUACAACGUUUGUUUCAGGUAAAGAUCUGAGAUAUCCUGUUCCAGAAAUGGAGCUCCAUACAGGACUAAGACCAUACUCCAGUUAUGAAGAAACGUUGAGUAAUGGAGGAAGUAAAACACACAGAGAUGAAAAGUAUGUUGAACAUUAUGUUUACUGGGUAGCUCUAUCAGUUCUUAACUGUUCUCUCUAGAGGUCCAGUAAGGAUCAUCUCUUAUUGACCCAGUGUUACUACAGGAGGAAAUCUAAACUAAACUAACUUUAUUUAUACUGGAUAACUCUAUGAGUUAUAAACUGUUCUCCCUAGAGGUCCAGUAAGAAUCGUCUCUUAUUGAUCCAGUGUUACUACAGGAGGAAAUCUAAACUAAACUAACUUUAUUUAUACUGGAUAGUUCUAUCAGUUCUUAACUGUUCUUCCUAGAGGUCCAGUAAGAAUCAUCUCUUAUUGAUCCAGUGUUACUACAGGAGGAAAUCUAAACUAAACUAACUUUAUUUAUACUGGAUAGUUCUAUCAGUUCUUAACUGUUCUUCCUAGAGGUCCAGUAAGAAUCAUCUCUUAUUGAUCCAGUGUUACUACAGGAGGAAACCUAAACGAAACUAACUUUAUUUAUACUGGAUAGUUCUAUCAGUUCUUACUGGUCCAGCAUGACUACAGAAAAACCACUGUGUUAGCAGCACCAGAAAUUGAAAAUAAGUGUUUAAUGUUCAAACUCGCAAUAUUGUAAUCCAGAUGAUUAUUUCUCGUUCCAGGCCACUAGUUGACGACGUCGGGGAGGAAGAAAGCGAGCCAGAAGAAGAAGAGGAGGAGGCCGCAAGUAGCCUGGAAACUAAAUCAGAUCUUUCUCAAAGUGAUGAAAGUUCAGAUGACGUCUCAACGAAGAAACGCAAGAUGGAGGCAGCCUUACGAGAACAAGACAAAUACGCGCACACGAGAUCUUACUCGACGGAACAACUCUAUAAUUCCCCACCUCCCGCUUACGCCACCUUCGCCAACAGCCGAAACAAAGGUCGUUCAGAACCGCUUUUAGACCCCUACGCGGACUUUGAUGAUGGCGUGAGCAGCAAACCUUAUCAACUACCAUACCGCCCGCCAACAAGACGGUCAGGGUUCGAUUACGACGGCGAGAGUUCGGAGAGCUCCGACAUUGCGAACCGAAAGCGAGGCGACCCGAGAUCAAGUAGUUUCAGGCGUGCAUUAUUGCCUGGUGCUGGCGCUCCUGGUGGGCCAAGUCAACCCGAGCCUGAACGACCGUACGAACCAAAACGCAAGCCACAAGCGCGUAAAUACCGUAGCCUUGAGAAGGCUGUGAACGAGAAUGGUAAACCACCUAGUUACCAUGACGACGAUGACGAUGAUGACCUUGGAUCGGGAUCACGUCAGCCAAGUUUGCCGCCCGAGUAUCGUUCGGACAGCGGUCGUGAUAGCAGUGAUGCCGACCAUGAUCGUACGCCUCUUACCCAGGCUUCUUCGCGCUACAACCCGCAAGAUGGGGCAGAAUCACCUGCGCCUGAGUACGAUUCUGAUGACUCGUCGGAGAAACAUCGGCUUACCAACGGAAAGGCGACGCCACAGCCCGAGAUUUCGUCGUAUUCGUCUUUCGUCUAGACCACCCACUGUUCUCUGUUUGAGGAUAUGUCGCACUGGAUGGACGCGGAGGCAUUUUGAUACAGAUUUGAAACAAAGUUCGUGCGCAUAACCAUUUUCAUAGGAAGAAAACUCCUCGAGGAAUCCCAAUGUAUAUUCUGUAGAAAGUAGAUAGAUCGUUAGAGAGAUGUAAGAUUUUUUAUAGGGAUUAUAGAGUGUGUAUUAAGCCGCGCUUUAUAGACAUUCAGCUUUAUACAUUCGCCUUAGCUAUUUACCAUGCAAAACUGCGUCGUCAUAUAACUGCAGAGCCAUUGUGAAACUGUCUGUUUUGAUUGUAGAAGAUGGACAAAGAUGCACUUGUCCGUAAACCCUGUUGUUGCCGUGGCUUACUCUGGAUCACAUAAUGUUCACCCAUCUCCCGAAACCUAACAUUGAGGGGGAGGUAGGGGCAAUAACGGGCGCAGCAAAGAUUGCUGUGGGUAACAUAGCUUUAAGUUUAAAAUUAUUAAGAAUCUUUUUCGCCGCAGUAACUGUAUUUGAAUAUUUUGAGCUUUACAAUGUAUCUACAAUCAUUUGGCCUUCAUUUAAAAUGCAAUUUUUGUGCUAGAAAUUAAUGUAAAUCUGUGUGGACGAAGGACACUUUUUUAGAAAAUAUUUUUAAUAUGCAAAUAAAUGAGAAAUCUGCCAAAAUGUUGUUCGUGUG